CCCCGCCCCUCGGGUGGUGCCGGUACGCAGCGCGCCUGCGCGGCGAUGGCGGCGGCCUGCGCCGGGAUGGAGGCGGCGGCGGCUUCUCCUCCCUCACCUCCUCCUCCUGCCGCCGCCGCACCGGGCUCGGCCGAGCUGGUGUGCGCGCAGGGCCGGAACCUGAAGGCGGUGCUGUGCCAGCGCUGCGGCUCCCGGGUGCUGCUGCCCGGCGCCGCCACCUUCGCCCGCCGUGAGCUGCUCCUGCCCGCCAUGAGGAAGAAGGCGGCGGCGGCGGCGGGCGGCGGCGGGGACGUGCUGCGGGAGCACUGGCUGGUGCGCGACAUGUUCUCUUUCGAGAACGUGGGCUUCACCCGCGACGUGGGCAACGUGAAGUUCCUGGUGUGCGCCGACUGCGAGGCGGGGCCCAUCGGCUGGCACUGCCUCGACGACAAGGACAGCUUCUACGUGGCGCUGGAGCGUGUGGCCCACGAGUGACACCGGCGCUGCCCGCGGGGCGGGACGGGCAUGAUGGAGCCGGGCCCUGCUUCCAGCCCCGCCGCACGGGCACGGCCCCUCGCCUGAGCCCCCCGGGGAAGGACGGCGCCGACGGGAGAGCCCCCAUCGCUGCGGGGACACCUCACCGUGACAUUUGCCGGGUUGAUCGGCCGCUGUUUGGCUGCUCUUGGUCACCUCUUCGUCGUGUGGUGGCUGUUUCUCAAACGUGCUAAGAUGUCUUUCAGGCUGUGACACAGCCGUGUCAAUGUGGGUGCUGGCACAAGGGCAGGGGGAGGAUGGGACUGCUGCAUUGCAUCGUCGUGGCAGCCUACAUUGUCUAAACUACAGCCAAAGCAGUUAACAGGGUUAAGGCUGUAUCUUCUGUUGGUCCUCAGAGGAAACAUCCCCUGCCCUGAACCCUAACAUGUAGGUUCUCUAAAACCUCAUCCUACCUGACAGCUGUACUCUGUAAGAGUGGAUGGCACCUAAAGAGUAUAUAAGGCAUUUUAACUAACAUUGUCUUGCAGUUCUGUUAACUGAGACCUUGGAAUUAAGAUACAAGUAGAGUUUACAGACAGCAUAGCCUGCUAGAGUGGCAAAUAAAAUGUGCAACAUCAUCGUAUUUCCAGGCAGCAGGAAUGAACGGAUUCCAGCCUGAAAAGGAUUUGACUCAUUGGGCAAGCAGUGUCCAGUGACUGCGUCUCUUAGUGCUGAAGAAUGUCGAAACAGCCAAGCAACUGUUCAGCAGAGAACCUGGGAAGGGUUUUCUCUUCUGUGAAACAGCUGCUGGGAGCAGUGCUGGGAUAUUGUGUCCACUUUUGGUCUUUACCUUUUAAUAGGGGCACAAAGGUAACUGCAGAUUGAAGGAGGCUGCAGCAGCCGUGGUUCUCACUGUAUUUAUCUUUUGGUAAUUGUGGUCCAGUUUGCAUUGUCCAUUUGCAGCCCCCCCCCGGGUGAAUAAUGCAGCAGCUUCCCAGUGGUCACCCUGAGUCAGGACAUGCCUUACUGCAGGAGGUAUAGCAGUACACUGUUCAAUAAACACUGUUGGUACCAAUGCCACUGUAAAGGCGCAGCUGACAUUGCACUGGGAUGGUGAAGUUGUUCUUGCCCCCAGAAUCAAGAGCAGUUGUACUUAAAGAUCAGCAGUGUUGUCGCCACAGGGCUGUGGCAGAGACCACCUCCUCGCUCCAUGACCCACCUUUGCUGGCAGGGGUCUGUAAGGCAGGCACAGCCCCAGGUAGGCUUUCCAGAAAGGCAUCUGCAUGGCAGGUGAGGGAGAAACAAACCCUUCCUUCUCCCAGCGCACUUGGAAGGUUUGGAAACUGCCUUAAUGCAGAACCCCAAGAUUUUGGCUGUUCUGGAAACGUUCUGGAAGAGAGGCAGCCCCAUAGAGAUUGAGGCUGUCAACUUGGGUAGGAGGCGAGUCCUGUGCUGUAUCCUUGCUAAAUGUGUCACAUGCACAUUUGACAUGAAACCUGUGCUGCUUUCCUCCUGCCCUCCUUGUCUUUAUCCCUAAGCCCAGUAACUGAACAUGUCCAUCAAGGACACGUAGAUAGAAGGGCUGGAGAGCUUCCCUUGGGUUCUGCACAGGCACAGCGAAACAGUGGGAUCACAUUGCUUAAAUUUCACAUUUCACUUGGAUUCUUGUGUGUUAGGGAAGGUUUUGACCUGUAGUACCUACGUUAUAGUCUUUGUUACUCAUAGGAAAUGUGCUGCACAGUAGUUUCUGUUUGAAGACACCACUGUGCAGAACAGGUCUGUGGGUAUCAGCUUCAUUAAUGCUGAGUAAAUGACACUUCUCAAACACAUGGUACUGGGGAGCAGUCAGCGGGUGGCACUGGGAUGGAGCUGAGGUGGUGGUGGGAGAUCUCUGGUCAAAGGCCUUCACAUCAUUACUGCAGAGGUUUGACUCCAGUGCAGUGUUGCUCAGUGCUGGUGGGUAAUGAAAACUCUUGCCCUUCCGUGGGCAGAUGUGCUGAAUGGAUACGUCCUCCGCUGGAUCCAGGUUUGGGUUUUGCUGACUCUUAAAUACAAAGUAGGAUCACACAGAUGGUGGAAAUGGCAAGAAGAAAUCUACAGUCUGUUGGGAAUUCAUGGGAGGAAACUUUUGUACCAUGAGAUCUUGGGAUCUUUUAGCCUUGGGUAAGAUCUUGGCUUCCUGCAGCUUGGAGAAGCCACAAGAGGCACCCGUGAAGUCCAAGUAGCACCAGCAGGACCUGGUGCUGGUGAAGGGGCAGCCAAGCCACAACUCUGCAGUUCAACUGCUGAUGCUCAGGAGCCCCCUCCUGGGUUAAUCCAUAUCCUGAGAGGUGACUGAGAAUUAGGAGGAAGGAAAUGGUGGGGAGGGAAAAGGCAGCCUCACUUAGUGGAAUUCGAGCCAGGCAGUUCCACUGGGAUGUUAGUGAGAGGCAGAAUGUCUGCAGGCAGCAAACCACGCCUGGGGGGUGUGCUGUGUUUGUGCAACAGGCAGCAAGGGGAGCAUCUAAUGGAGCCCUGAGCAGUUCUGGUGUUGUGAGAGCUAAUAAAAAUCUGGGUGGUCU